GCUAAGGAAAGGCUAUUGGGAGAGGGAGGGUGUGGGCCAGGAGAGCUCCAUUCUUUCUCUGGCUCUGUGGCCUUAGCUGAGCCCUUCCCAUCCUUAUUUAUGUCAUUGAGACACAAGAAGAUGGUCUGGGUAAUCCUUUAGAUGUAUCCAGAGAAGACUGACCAAAAGCGAGAGAUUUUUAGACUCCAGAAUCCCCCCUAGCUAGAAUGCCCUGGCAUGGAACUUCCCCACCUCACGGGUGGGGUGAGUAAAUCUUUAACUUGCUAGCUCUGGGCAGGCUGCAGUCUUUCUGGAUGACUGACUGGGAGACUGGGGAGGGGGAUGGAUGUAAGGCGUGUCUGGAUAGUCUUGCUGUGGUGAGGGGGAGGCAUAUUAGAAAGGGAAAGGAAUCGUAUAGUACAAGACAUGGAGGAACGUGGGACUCCCGAUGGAGACCCAGCGCGGAACCUGGAGCAAGGGCUGGAAGGAACAGAAACCCCCAUUCAAGUCGUGCUCAGGUGAGCCCUCCGGGUGGAGGCCCCGACGUGGCAUUCCGCUUUGGCGCCGUACUGGACGGGGCGAGCACGCAGGAGGACGUGUUCAGAGCUUGUGGUGUGAAGCGCCUGGGCGAGCUGGCGCUGCGAGGUUUCUCCUGCACGGUUUUCACUUUUGGCCAGACUGGCUCUGGGAAGACCUACACUCUGACUGGACCUCCACCACAGGGGGAAGGGGUACCCGUGCCCCCCAACCUGGCUGGCAUCAUGCAGAGGACCUUCACCUGGCUAUUAGAUCGUGUGCAGCACCUGGAUUCCCCUGUCACCCUCCGAGCCUCCUACCUGGAGAUCUACAAUGAGCAGGUUUGGGACUUGCUGAGUCUGGGGUCUCCGCGGCCUCUGCCUGUUAGGUGGACCAAAGCACGAGGCUUCUUUGUGGAGCAGCUUCGGGUGGUGGAGUUUGGAAGUCUGGAGGGUUUGAUGGAGCUCCUGCAGAUGGGUCUCAGCCGUCGUCGGAGCUCCUCACAUACCUUGAACCAGGCCUCCAGCAGAAGCCAUGCCCUUCUCACACUGCACAUCAGCCGCUCAACUUCUCAGCAGGUACCCCCUGUAGACCUUGGGGAGCCCCCUGUUGGAGGAAAGCUGUGCUUCGUGGACCUUGCAGGCAGUGAGAAGGUGGCAGCCACAGGAUCCCGAGGACAGCUGAUGCUUGAGGCCAAUAGUAUUAACCGCAGCCUACUGGCAUUGGGCCACUGCAUCUCCCUGCUAUUGGACCCACAGAAGAAGCAGAGCCACAUUCCCUUCCGGGACAGCAAGCUCACCAAGCUCCUGGCAGACUCACUUGGGGGCCGUGGGGUCACGCUCAUGGUUGCCUGCGUGUCCCCUUCAGCGCAGUGCCUUCCUGAGACACUCAGCACUCUGCGAUAUGCAAGCCGAGCUCAGAGGAUCACCACCCGGCCACAAGGUCCCAAGUCCCCUGGAGCAAAGCCACCCCAGCAAGUAGAGGCUGAGCUGCUACAGCUCCAAGAGGAGAACCGUCAUCUGCGGCUCCAGCUGGAUCAAAUGCACACCAGGGCAUCAGGGGCCCAUGGAGCCCGGGUGGCCUGGGCCCAGCGGAACCUCUAUGGGAUGCUGCAGGAGUUUAUGCUUGAGAAUGAGAAUCUCAGGAAGGAAAUGAGACAGCUGCAGAGUAGCCGGGACCUGGCCCGGGCAGAGCAGCGUGUUCUGGCCCAGCAGGUCCAUGAACUGGAGAGGCGCCUCUUUUUGGCUUGUUCCCUUCCCCAGCAGGGCUCUACCCCCAUGUGCCCCUGCAGGAUGGCUCCAGCCGCCUCCUGCCAUGGACUGCCACCCCUCUGCUACUGCCAUCACCUCUGUCCUCUGUGCCGAGUGUCCUUGGCCCACUGGGCCUGCCCACGGAGAGAGUACCACAUGCCACAGCAGGUGCUGGAGCCCGAAGCCCCAGGUCACAUGUCUCCGUCUGUGCGGCCCCCACACUGGGCACCUCCGCCAAGCCCAGGCUCUGCCAAGCCCCCCCGAGAGAGAAGCCAUAGUGACUGGACCCAGACACGAGUCCUAGCAGAGAUGCUGACGGGAGAGGAAGUGGUACCCUCUGCACCACCCCUGCCUGCAGAGCCCUCGAACAUGCCACAUGUGCUAAGAGGAGGAUCUGGGAUCCCAAACCUGACCCAGAGGCUGGAAACCCUCACACAUCAUAUCAGCAGCUCCCUGAAUCUCGGCCAGAGACAACCACAGCCCAGCGACGACACACAGGGCCCUGGCCAAGGCCUCUCUUCUUAUUAAAGAUUGCCAGACUGGCUGUGCCCAUGGAGCCUCCAUCUCUCUGUUUGUGAAUUGGAAAGAAAUGUUGCUGGGCAGACCUGGGGAAUCCUAAGGAGGUAGAGGGCCCAUGAACCCAGACCUUGAACCUGAGGCUGGCUUUACAAUAUGCUGACAGUGGGUGGGGAAAUCUGAAUAAAGAGAGACGUCAGCUCUAAUCUAGUAAA